UGGCAUGGUAACCGAUCUCGUAUUUAUCACGAGCAUGCGCCGUGUUCUUAGAAUGUUCGAGACUUUGCUCUUGGUAUUAAUAAACUGGCGUUGACGGAUAAACGUCAUAGACUGAGUUGAAAGUGAGGAAAUAUGUCUCGUUCUAUCGUCCCCGCUCUUCUCGGCGACAGUUGGUGGUCCAUGUGGGACUAUCCUCAUCGAUUAUUCGAUCAGCAUUUCGGUUUGGGAUUAACUGACGAUGAUUUCUUUCCUCCCACUCUGUAUAGAGGCCACGUGAUAAGACCACGACGUCAAACUAGUCGACAAGAUUCGAGUUCGGGUGUGUCAGAGGUCAUCAAUACCCGCGACAAGUUCAAAGUCAUGACCGACGUCAGCCACUUCUCUCCGGAAGACAUAACUGUCAAAACCGUAGACAAUUGCGUGGUUAUACACGGAAAACACGAAGAGAAAGUAGACCAACACGGCUUCGUCUCCAGAGAAUUCACACGAAGAUACAUCUUGCCUAAAGAAGUGGAACCCGAAAAGGUCACUUCGUCGUUGAGUCAUGAUGGCGUGUUAACCGUGGAGGCACCUAAAAAGUGUGUAGAGUUGCCUAGCAACGAGAGAGUCGUUCCUAUAACCGUGCAGAAAUGUCCGGCCGUGACUGAACAGGAAGCAUCCAAAUCCGUACCUCACCAAUAAAAAAUAAACAGAAAAGUAAUUACUAAGCCAGUGAUUGCUUGUAGUUCUUUCAAUAGUUUAAGUGUUUUGCAGUUUAAUAUUUUGUAUGAAUUUGUAAAAUGUGUAUAACCUCUUGUCAUUUUAUAAUAAAUGGAUUUUUUUUCAAUA